AUGACAUCGUCAUCGUGGGCAGACACUCCUAGAAAACGUCGUGUUUCUCACGAAUCACGCUCAAGAGCCAAUUUGGUGGAUGAAAUCAGCAGUAGUGAGCCUGAAGAAGAUGUGGACACAUCAGAUUUCAGCUCUGAUGAUGAGGAUGCGUCAAGUCAAGCCGGAACAUCUAGCGUGGUCUCAGCAUCAUUUGGACAUGAUUCCUUGCCAGUAGCUGUAAAACGCAUGCAGUUUUUUCCGAGACAAAACGCGAGGGUUAAAGUUUGUGGUGCACUCCAGAGUAACGCACAGUACUUCUUGCAGGUCGUCAAUUUCUUGGAACCCUUUUUCACCGCAGAGCUGAUAGACAUGGCCAAGAACACAAACAUGCGCGGAGGAGACGUACUGUUGUGGACCCAGAGAACACUGAACCCGUCCGCGAUGGCAAGCUGCACAGGUUCACAUAUCUACUGCAGCACAUCAAUGACGUGUCCUGUCAGCUUUUUCAGCUUGUACACAACCUAUUUCAGCCUCAAGGAGAACUUCGUGAGCCCAAUACCUGUGUCAGGGAAGAUGAUGAUCACCAGCAGCAAAAUGACGCUCAAGAAGUAG